AUGAACCCAAUGGACUAUCCCGACUACGAGCCGACGUACGCAGAUCUUGGCAUAGACCCGAACAACCCUAAUCAGGGAUACUAUCCAUCCGACGACGGUGAUCACGGCCCCGGGGACUCUGCCACCGAUACCGACUACGCAAAGACGGAGUCGGACUACGAUGAGGAGCAUGACUCUGACUAUGUGGAGGAAGAGCCGCUCAAUCUACGGAGUCAACGGUACUUUCCCGAUUGGGAUCACCUCCCUUGGGAGGACUCCCUUAACACUAGGUUCUGGAGCGAUGAAUCCGGGUACUUUGCUCCCUCCCAUCACUGGGCCUUUGUCGGCGAAAUGAUCGAGAACCGCUCUCUGUCCAGACCCGGUUUUCUACUCCGCGACAGACAAGGCAAAGAAGUCCUCGUCAUGUUCUACCUCGAUAACGAUGUGCAAGCGGACUUCAAGAACUUCCGUACUGGUUGUACGGUCAUUCUCUACUAUGCGGAGAAACGCCGGUUCAUGGACGGACAGAUCGGCAUACGCGUCGAGGAAAUAUCGAGAGCGAAAGUUCUUCCCUGCAUACUUGAUAUUCUCAUGCAAACAGAUCCCGGAGCAGUUGCCUCUUCGUCUUCAUGUGCGACGUGCAACAAAACCAGCUCGACUCUCUCGGCUUGUUCAGCUUGUAAAACACUUUAUUGUUCUCGUGAGUGCCAAGUCAGCGCGUGGAAGUCCCAUAAGCCGCAGUGCGCGGCAUUGGCGCAGGUACGCGAAUGGGAUGGCAAAAAUUGGAAUAACUUCCACGAGUACUGGUACUGA